AUGUUUCCUCGAGAUAUAGUCCCAGAAAGACCGGCGAAAAAACACCUUCUAGAAGAUGACCACACAUUUCUUCCACCAGCACUAAGCUCAUACAGUAUAGCGCUCCUCAACGAUCGCACUUCUCAGUCGAAGCCGCCUCCUCAAAACCCCCAUAUCACAGGUAUUUACGACUUGGAUUUUCCACAAAGUGGUAGGAACAAACUCAAAGAGAAGCUUUCCAUGCACUUUAGGGAGUCCGCCUACCAGAGCAGCACAUCAGAAAAUCCUUUCUUGCGCCUGUCAAAAAGCCUGAAUGAGUUUCAGCCGGAUCCGACUAAUGAUGUAGUGAAUCCAAAUGCCAACACGAGCAUCACUUCUUCCUACAACCAACACUCCAAUCAUAGCAUGAGCCAUCCUGGCUCCGACAGAAAUCUCUCGCACAACAGUGUGACGAAAUUGUCCAAUUACAAUGCCAAUUUAUCAAAUCACCACAUGAGCUUAUCCAACCACAACACAAACAACUUAUCUGAACAAGCCUCCGACCCAUUACCCACAACCAAUCCAUCCACAUACAGAACAGCUUCUCCGCAAGUGAGGUAUAGACCUUCAAGCGAGAACUCGUUGUCGGAUCGUUUUACUGAUAGAAUUAUGCCUCCAGUCAAGCGUUUGAGGGGCCCCAAAAGAUUUGGAAAAUUAAUAGGGCCUCCUCAACGAGUGGUAAGAACAUCUGUAGAUACCCCUUCUCCAGUCCAGGAGCAGUCUAAACGACCUUCCCCAUCUUCGAACGAAUUUGAUCUCAGUUUCCUUGACAAAGAUAAAGAGUUGGAGCUCAGGAAGCGAAUUGAGGAACAAAAGAAGCUUAAUGAACUUGAAAGCAGAAGAGCAAGAGCAGAUGCCAAAGCGAAAGCCAUAAAAGCGUUAUCAACACACGAAGAGCCAGUUUCUAUGGAACGGAUACGGAAUCCGUUGGUAGAACUUCCACCUUCCCAGAACAAUAUUGCUCGUCUGGACGAUAACGGGUUCAGAAAACCCAAAUUACCAAGACCUUCGCCGGUCAAGGAGAAAGGAGCUCACGACGAAGAGAAAGAGAAUAUGACACCUGUUGAGCAUAAACCUCAUCCGCCCAGAAAGAAAGCCAUAACCAUUAAUAAUGUACAAUACGAAAAGCUAGAGCUUCUUGGAAGAGGAGGAACAUCCAAAGUCUACAAAGUCAAGUCUCUUGUUGAUAAUCGGCUUUAUGCCAUUAAGAAAGUCACUUUUGACCAAUUUGAUGACGCAUGCAUCAAAUGCUUCAAAGGUGAAAUCGACUUAUUGUUGAAGUUGCGAAACAACGCCAGGGUUGUGCAACUUGUGGACUACGCCAUUGGAGAAGGGCAAAUAUACCUUGUGAUGGAGUGUGGGGAGAUCGAUCUCUCACAUGUUUUGCAUAACCGAUUAAAAGGGGACAGCAAGUUGGACUUGAAUUUUGUCAAGUUCUACGCCACCGAGUUGUUAACUUGUGUCCAAACUGUCCAUCAAGCGGAAAUCGUCCACAGUGACUUAAAGCCUGCGAACUUCCUCUUUGUCAGAGGGGUGCUCAAGAUUAUUGACUUUGGUAUCGCCGACUCUGUUCCUGAUCACACUGCAAAUGUUUACAGAGAUGCCCAAAUCGGAACCCCAAACUACAUGGCUCCAGAAGCAUGGGUCAAUCUGUCAACAGAACACAAAAACACCUGGAAAGUCAGCAAACCGUCUGAUAUUUGGUCAUGUGGGUGUAUUAUUUACCAAAUGAUUUACGGUAAGCCUCCAUACGGCAAGUACAGUGGGAACCAGAGAAUCAUGGCCGUGUUGAAUCCUCAAGUCAAGAUCCAGUAUCCGUCUAAAGGUAUUGGUGGAGUUCCAGUUCCUACCAGCGCUAUAGAAUUAAUGGAGAAUUGCUUGGCCCGUAUUCCAAACGAUAGGUGGACAGUUGAUAGGUGUUUAACCAGUGAUUUCUUAAAACCUAAAGUGGUAAGUGAGAACUUUAUCCGUGACUUGGUGCACCUGGCCGUAAACUUUGGUUAUAAUAACCGCGCUAAUGGGACGGGAAUCAUAAGCACCGAUGUUUACGACAAGUUGGUUGAGACAGUGAUGAGACAAAUUGAAGAGUUGAAUUUUAGUUAGCAUAGUGUAGCAUAGACAAUAGCAUGAAAUAUUAGAUCUAUUGGAGAGUAAGAGAGAGCUUCCAUACUUUUGAUUUUAUUCAAACUUACAAUUCUAUUGUACUAUCUUGGACCUAAUUUGGUCAAGAUACUUGGACCCUGUUCCUCCCACUCGUGCUUAUUCACCCACAUGUGAUCUCUAUCAGCCAUAAUGUUGGCCAACACGGCUCCUCCGAUAAACACCAUAUGUCUUCUUCUAGGAGGAUCUUCAAUCUUCACCUUGAACUUAUCCAAUCUUGAAGCAUCACCGUUCAAUACCUUUGUCAACCACAACUGCUUCAAUUCUUUUUCCAAACGAGAUGGUAGUCCGGGAUACAUCGAUGAACCACCCGACAACACAAUGGCUUUGAACAAGGUGGAUCUGACAUCCACAUCAGCAGAUUGGAUAGCAUUGAACAAGGUUUCACCAACACCAGGCAGUUCUACAUCUACCAAAUGAGGUUGAAACAAGCACUCCGGAGCUUCGAAUCUUUCGGAACCGACUUUAAUGACUCUUCCAUCAGGUAAUUCGUAUGAUUCCACUAAAGUUGUGGUUUCUUGAGCCAACUUAGUAUCUAAUUGCAAGUCGUAUGACACAUAGCACAACUUCUCUUUAAUUUGACGAACGGUUUCAAAGUCAGCCGUCCUGUUGAAAGCAUAGCCACGGCGUAAUAACAAGUUGAUCAAGUUCCUGGUUACGUCUCUACCAGCCACGUCCAAUCUCUUGGUCAAGUGGUUCAACACCACCGAUUCAUAAACAGGCACAAUGUGUGUAACACCAUCCCCAGAAUCGACCACAACACCGGACGAUAAUCCUUGAGCGUACAAGGCCAACACCGCUUGAAUUGCCACAUAAACACCGCUGAAGUUGUACUUUUCGAACAUCACUUCACACAUGGUUUCUCUAUUUUUCAACGGAUUCAUUGGAGGUUCGGUUAACAAUACCUUCUUGCCGGUGGUAUCGAUCUUCAUUCUUUCGUAGAAGGCAUAGUCCCAUAAAUGCUCCAUAUCUUCCCAGUUUUUGAUGAUUCCAUUUUCCAUGGGAUAACUGAUUUCAAGAAGGUUUCUGACUUCACUGGCUUCAGACCCACACAUGAUGUCCUUGAUCUCGAUGUCAGAUGGUACCAAGGUACUACGUUCUUCUGCCCGCAAGAUUGGUCUUCCAACGAUGGAGGGAAAUGUGUGGUCU